AUGUCAAGCCAAAUCGAAGAAAGUGAAUUGCCAGGCAACGCUACACUCAGUAAAGAAAAGACAAACAUGUCGUACUCCUACAACAACAGACGCGGAUGGAGGCGAUGGAGGAUCUUCCAUCCCGGUAGGGGAAUGUACCACGAUAUCAAACGAAGACUUCCCUACUACCCAAGCGAUAUCACCGACGCCUUCACCUACAGAACCGUCGCCAGUACAGUCCGAAUGUAUUUUGUCAAUCUUCUACCCGCUAUAGCCUACACUCUCGACAUGUAUCGCCGAACAGGCCAAUUCUACGGCAUCAACGAAGCUCUGUUCUCUUCCGCCAUGGCAGCCAUUGUCUUCAGCCUAUUAAGUGCUCAGCCUCUCACCAUCGUUGGCGUCACUGGCCUUAUCUCGUUAUUCAACUUUACCAUCUACGACAUUAUCAGCAUGUACGAUGUUUCCAUCUACCCACAGUUCAUGGCUUGGACGGGUAUCUGGGCUGCAAUAUUUCACUGGCUAGCUGCCAUCUUCAACACGUGCGAUUACAUGCGCUACGUGACGGACUUUUCUAGCGAGUCGUUUGGCAUGUAUGUUGGCAUCAUAUAUAUCAUCAAGGGCGUCGAAGAGCUUGUCAAUGAGUUUGACAAAGGCGGUCAGGGACCAGGGUACUUAGCCUGUCUGAUUGCCAUUCUCUACUUUGGCACUGUCUACGGUCUUGAGAAAAUAGGCUCGAGCACGAUCUGGAAGCCAAGUGUUCGCACAGUACUCGCAGACUAUGCUUAUGUAUUCGGAACUAUAUUCUGGAUUGGCUUUUCUCACUUCCCUGGUAAUAUCAAGUCAACGCACAUUGAACGGGUGCCUGUCACCAGAGCAUUCUACCCCACUCAGUCUAGAAGCUGGCUCAUUGACUUUUGGAACUUGGAAGUCGGAUGGGUCUUUGUAGCCAUGCCGUUCGGCCUUUUAACAAUGCUCUUAUUCUACUAUGACCACAACGUCAGUAGCAUCACGGCACAGGCUCGACAGUAUCCCCUUAAGAAGCCCGGUGGAUUCCACUGGGACUUUUUCCUUCUGGGUUGUACAACUUUUCUGUCUGGUAUUCUUGGCCUGCCAAUGCCCAAUGGCCUUGUUCCGCAGCAGGCACCUGUUCAUACCGACUCUUUGACUGUCUACGAAACUGAUCUUGAGAUCAUUCCCACGUCUGGAGGGGAGGAUCGGGAAAUACGCCGUCCCAUUGUGCGAGCCACGGCGGUAGUUGAACAGCGUGUGUCACACUUCUUGAUGGGCUUAGGGUUGUGGGGUUCCAUCGAAUCGAAUGGCAUACUCCAGAAGUUUAUCUAUCUCCAAUCAGAGCAACGCUUUAUCCAACGCGACGAACCCAUCAUUCUAGUACGCCGACGAAAGGUAUCUCUUUAUAUCGCAUUGCAAUUCAUCGGUGUGGCAGCCUGCGUCGCCAUAUCGCAUACGAUUGCAGCGAUAGGAUUUCCGGUUCUCAUUAUUCUCAUGAUUCCUCUUCGUAUUCUUGUCGUUCCACGAUGGUUCACGUUGAAAGAGCUGCAGAUUCUGGAUGACUUCACGGCGACUAACAAGACCGUGUUGGCCAGUCUAGGUGGAAAGCCAAUCCUGCCAGAGGACUCGAAGGUUGAGGAUUGGGGCCUAGAGAGGCGAGAGAGUGAGGCUCGACACGGAGUGCCACGCCAACGUGCUGGAAGUCUCCACCGAUAA